AUGAGCGCCAAAGGGGUCUCGGUCGAGUACCUGACGACGGGUGCAAACAGGCAGACGGCCGCCACCGACUGGAGCCGGAGCGGGUUGCUGGCCUUUGGUGCCGAUGUGAACAUUGCGCUAUGGCGGCCACAUCUCGACCCUCCAAGAGGUGUCGGUAGACUCCUGCGCGGCCAUGCAGAAUUGGUCAAGGCCGUUGCCUUUCUGCCCUCGGCCGUGGGAGACGAGUCCACCUAUCUGAUCAGUGGCGCCGACGACAAAACUCUCAUGCUGUGGAAGUCUUCGGCCAGCCAUGACCAUGAUCUAGAUUUUGGCCUUCUGCAGACAUCCCUGGAGCACACGGGAGCCAUAAAUUGCAUAACCUCGGCGCGUGUCGCCGCGAGCCAUCCAAAAUGGAUCGUGGCCACCGGCGCGGCCGAUGCGACGAUUCGGACAUGGUCCCUGGAGCACGACCAGCUGCACCUGCUGCAGACGAUCCACACGGCGCCAAAGUUCUUCCCCUUGACCUUGUCCCUCAGCUCUCUCGGCGCCGAUGAAAAUGCUUUGGUCCUCGCCGCUGCCGGUACGCGCGACACCAUCCAGAUCUUGACGGCCGAUGCCGUGGCCGAGGGCGUCGUCCAAUUCAACGUCCAAGCCAACCUCUCCGGCCACGAGGGCUGGAUCAGGUCUCUCUCUUUCGCCAGGGAGACGAGCAACGCCGACGGCGACCUGCUGCUCGCCUCCGCCAGCCAGGACAAGUACGUGCGCAUUUGGAGAAUUCACCAAGGCGCUGCCCUCCCCUCCCUCGCCGUCUCCAAGGACCUGUCCGACGGAAAAUUCCUGCCUGGAAAGUCGCCUUCGAACAAAUCACAUCGCCUCCGAACCGCCGCCAAAGACUUUUCUCUCUCCUUUGAAGCUCUGCUGCUGGGGCACGAAGAUUGGAUCUACGCCGCCCGGUGGCACAUGCACGACGAUGGCAAGCUGCAGCUGCUGACGACCUCGGCCGACAACUCACUGGCCAUCUGGGAAGCGGACGCCUCGUCCGGCAUUUGGGUCAGCAUGGUGCGCCUGGGAGAAAUCAGCAGGGAGAAAGGUGCGACGACGGCCACCGGCAGCGCUGGCGGUUUCUGGACCGGCCUUUGGUCUCCUGACGGCCGCUCGGUCGCAUGUCUUGGCCGGACCGGAAGUUGGAGGAGGUGGCAGUAUGAGCCGGCCAACGAUUCGUGGCGACCUUGCGUCGCCGUCACGGGACAUACCAAAGCCGUCACGGGGGUGUCGUGGUCCAAGAACGGCGACUACCUGCUCUCGACCGGCUCGGACCAGACAACUCGGCUGCACGCAAGAUGGACCGCCAGCGGAGCAAAUACGUGGCACGAGAUGUCUCGGCCGCAGAUCCACGGCUACGAUCUCAACUGCAUCGACGCCCUUGGCGAGUCGCAGUUUGUCUCUGGUGCGGAUGAAAAGCUGAUGCGCGUCUUUGGCGAGCCCAAGGCCGUUGCAAGCAUGCUCGGCCGGCUCGGCGGGAUGAGCAAGAAGGGUAUCGAGAAGAUGCCGGAUGCCGCCAACAUGCCCGUCCUGGGCUUGUCGAACAAGGCCAUCGACAUGGUCGAUGACGACCACGAGAUUCAGCCCGUCGACGACCGGGAUCGUGACGCCAUGGAUCCGGCCACCAUGGUCAAGAAGUCGCACCUCGAAAUUGAUCAUCCGCCUUUGGAGGACACGCUGUCGAGACACACGCUGUGGCCCGAGACGGAGAAGCUGUACGGGCACGGCUACGAGAUAUCCUGCUUGGCCGCCUCCCACGACGGAAAGCUCAUCGCCAGCGCCUGCAAGGCCACCUCCACCAACCACGCCGUCAUCCGGCUCUUCGAGACGGAACGGUGGACGGAAAUUCGGCCUCCGCUGACGGCUCAUUCGCUCACCGUCACUCGUCUUCGCUUCUCCGCCGACGACCGCCACCUCCUGAGUGUCGGUCGUGACCGGCAGUGGGCCGUCUUUGAGCGCGAUCCCGACGCGGAUGCUCUGUACACCCUCCUGCAGUCGAACCCAAAGGGGCACAGUAGGAUGAUCCUCGACGCCGCCUGGUCGCCUUGCGAGACGCCCCUCUUCGCAACGGCCGGUCGAGACAAGCAGGUGCGGAUAUGGAAGUCCUCGAAGCGCGAGGAUGGCAGCGCGCAGUUUGAGCAAAUGGCCGCUCUACCCUGCACGGCGCCGGUGACGUCUGUUGACUUUCUGCCGCGUUCCUUGUGCGGCAGGUUGGUGCUUGCGGUGGGAACAGAGGCCGGUCAGGUCAGCGUUUGCCUCGUAGACGAGCAGGACGGCACGGUAGUGUCGCUGCCGCCGACGGACGACCUGUCGUUCCCCAAGGCUGUUUUGCAACUGGCCUGGAGGCCAAGCCCCGACUCCGAAGCCGGCGCGACCGCAUCACCCACCCUCGCCGCCGCCGGCGAGGACACGACGCUAAGGCUCUUCUCAUUUGAUGAAGCAUAUCUCCAGUCCACGGCGGAACUGUAG